AUGUCUCGGAAACGUCCCAUCGCUAGCGCUAAGCGCACACGCACUGCGCGGACCUUUGAUGAGGUACCGAAGAAAUCAAAGGUGGUGCUGCUGUCUUGUGGGUCUUUCAACCCAGUGACAAAUAUGCACCUGCGCAUGUUUGAACUGGCAAGAGAUCACCUGGAGGACACGGGACGGUAUGAAGUGGUGAAGGGGAUCCUGUCACCAGUGGGCGAUGGCUACAAGAAGAUAGGCCUGAUCGAGGCCAGCCAUCGGGUGGAAAUGGCCAAGCUGGCGGUAGAGAGCUCCAGCUGGAUUGAGGUGGACAGCUGGGAGAGCAGGCAGGCCGACUGGCAAGAGACAGUCAAAGUGCUACGGCAUCAACAACAGGAACUGCUCUCCCAGGAACCGGACACUGAUGUGGUAGGCACUGCAAAACCUGGCAGGAAAAGAAAACGCAUGGAUGCCAGCAGUGCCACCAAGAGGAGGAAGCUCGAAGAGCCUGAUAUUGCACCUAAAAAAACAGGUGAGCCGCGCGUGAUGCUACUCUGCGGUGCUGAUGUGCUGGAAUCAUUCGGUGUGCCGGGGCUGUGGAAGCCUCAGCACAUCGAGGAGAUUGCCAGCACAUUUGGACUGGUGUGCAUCACCCGCGGCGGAUCGGAUGCGGAAGCCUUCAUACAGGGCUCCGACCUCCUCUUGCCACACCGCAGCAACAUCCACGUGGUGCAGGAGUGGGUGGCCAACGAUGUGUCGGCCACUCGCAUCCGCCACGGGCUGCGGUGUGGCCACAGUGUCCGCUACCUUCUGCCCGACCCGGUGCUCGGCUACAUUCAGGAGCGGCAGCUGUACAAUGCGGAGAGUGAGCAGAGGAACGAAGGGGUUGUGCUGGCUCCUCUCCAGAAAUGUGCAAGAACGCAGGAGUAA